CCGGAGAGAGAGAGAGAGAGAGAGAUAUGCGCUGCCAGACUGUCAUCUUUUCCAUGGAGCAUUGUAAACAUUAGCAGUUUAGCACACCGGUAUUGAAGACACUCAACCUCACCAGGACCUUCCUAUACAAAACAAAUCAACUCCACCGCAUAUAGCCUGACACCACAUCACCUCCGCAUCCCGGACCUUUGGGGCACUAGAGGCUUUGUGACACAGCCUGCACGGCCCCAACAAACCCCCAAGAAGAAGAACACCGGUGUUGAUGUAGCAGAAGCUAUAGUUACGUGAGAAGAGGUGUGUGAUUCGGACUGACGCCGCUUUUCAUUUCCAUCAGACACAACAAGUGCUGCAAGGGCGUGACUGUUACGGUUUGAGGAGAGGAUGCCAUUCCCUGCUGCUGGGGGAGCUGUGGUGGGGCCAAGAGCUGCCAAGGUCAUCAGGUUUGCCUACCAUGGAUGUGCAAACAGACCCUUCUACCACAUUGUUGUCAUGCGGAAAAAGACACCACGCCAGGGACACGUUAUUGAGCAGCUUGGCACGUACGAUCCAAUGAUGAAUGUGCACGGAGAGAAGCUGGUGGCUCUCAACACUGAGCGCAUCAACCACUGGAUUGGCCAGGGUGCUGGCAUCUCCACAAGCUGUGCCGUUCUGCUGGGUCUGUCAGGACUGCUUCCCAUCCAUCCCAGAUCAUACGUGACAGCAUGGAGGAACCGUAGGUCCAGUGCUAAGGAGGAGAAUGCUGAGGCUGCUUCAUGAGACCACAGUCCAUAACAUAGGUGUUGUAUUAUGGCCUUUUGUCAUUCAGGUCUCGGGGAAAUUUAUAUUAAAGAUUAUGCAGUGUGAUGUACAUUGUCAGUGGAGUUUUUGAACACUGCCUCAACCAGUGGUGGUUCUCAGCACUCUUGAAGCUUCAUUACCGACGCAGACAUGAAGGUCUUUGACCAAAGGCAAGCUGGUGAUUCUCUUCAUGCACUUAUUAGUCUUUGUAUAUGAUGACAAAAAUUCUUAAUUUGAUAACUAAUUUCUACUGCCACCAUAGAGUAUGUAUAUGUUUAAUAAGAUAUUUAAUAAUUCUUCCCUGUAACUGUACAGUGUACAUAUUCCGUUAAGAAUAGUGUAAUUAAUUAAAUUAAUUUUUUUGUUUCAGUUCAAAAGAAGUUAAAACACAUCUGAGUAUUUGUCACAUUGUACUUGGAAAGGAGCAUGAUACUCCAUGUCCUCAGAAAAUUGUCAUAACUUGAAUAAUAAGACAAAAUUUCAUGAAUGGGAUAUUAGAAGAAAUGAACCUAUUUUGAGAUUUUAUCCAUUAUCUAGUAGAUGUUGGUGGCUCUUCCUUUCAAUAAGCAAAGUACAGCAACAGCUGACUUAAGCAUCAUAAGGGAAUGCUUAAAUCCCUUUACAUGUUAUUGAGGUGAAUGUGAUGUUGAUUUGUUAUGAUGGUACCAUACUGUUCAGAAUGGUGUCAUAAUGGUUACUGAAAGGAACAAGUGAUGAAUUCUUGCUGUGUUUUGCAGGAGAAUAAGUUGUGGAUAAGAAUAGUUGUGGUAUGUUUCAGUUGUGUUCUGGGAUGAGUAUCUCUGUUUGAGGGGCACCACCUCACCUUCAUGGAGGGAUAAUGUGAAGCAUUUUUAAGGGAUUCUGGAGACAGUGUUGAUAAAUAUUUGGUCUCCUUGUCACCAGAAAAGACAGAUACAAUCAGUUGUUUGAUUUAUGAAAUAACUUAAAAGUCAGUCAUGAACAUGACGUAUGUAGGUUUUGAGAUUAAGGCUGUGACAUGCAUGCCCAUGAAUUGGUCCAAAAUUGUAGAAAUUUGCAAGUAUCAUAACAUUCAGGGCCCCCCCACCCACCCACCCUUUUUUUUUUUUUUUUUUUUUUUUUUUUUUUUUUUUUUCUAAAAAAGGUGUGAACAAAAGGACAGGCAAGUCUAUUCGGUGUAAUUAUUCUUUGUAAAAAUAAAUAAAUAAAUCUGAAUUUCAUUUCCUGAAAAUUUGUUGUAAGAGCAGUGGAACAAACAUGGAUGGUCAGUACAGUUCUUGAGAACCCAUGGUACAUAAUGCUUAUCCUGAAAGUGAAAGGAACCUUGUCAUACAGUUCUGGAACUUUGCAAUUAAGAAUUGGAGAUACUAAUUAACUUUGAUAACUAGGGUAAAGAAAUGAGUUUUAUAGUGUAGAGAGAAGGAAAACAGUGACAUCAUUGUAAUGUGCUGAUGUAGUGACAAAACCUAGUCUGUUUAAGCUUUGGUGAUUCUGCUCUGAUGAUGUAACAGUGAUGUGGGAGCAUUUCUUUAAUGUUCUAAGAGUACUUCCUUUCAUGAUCAUUUUGUCAGUUUCACAGCCAGCAUGUGUUAUUUAAUUUAUCAUUUGCAGUGCCUUAAAGUAAAGCCAACCAUGUCUCCAUUCGUAAGCCAAGGAAAAUACUUGAAUGAUUCUUUAGACAGUGUAGGUUUUAAGGUAAAAUAAACUGCCACUAAUGUGUGCCAUUCAUCCAUUUAUGCACCAUUCAAACUUCCACUCAAUACAAUCAUAAAUGUCUGGCUGGUUUUGUUGGACUUUUGCUAGACUUAUUUCAAAGCUCUGUGAAUGUCGAGGAAGAAUACAUACUUUCUACUUACCUAUGUAUGUUAGCUAAAUGAAUAAACAGUCAUCUUUAUAAC